GGCGGGGACUGCCUGGCUGCCUGGGUUGCGGAAGUGGUAGCCGCUGACCGAGCCUGCUGCUUUUUGCUACUGCUUCGGCUUGCCAGCUUCCCCCCCGGACGGAGAGGGCGGCCCGGCUGUGGAUGGUCAGAUAGUUCCCAUCUCCUGCCGCCAAUCCCUGGCCCCAACCAGCACGGAGCAGACGGCGGCGGCAGCGGCAGCAGCAGGCGAGGAGGAAGAUGGCGGGACGGCUGCCGGCCUGUGUGGUGGACUGUGGCACGGGGUAUACAAAACUAGGAUAUGCUGGAAAUACAGAACCACAGUUUAUCAUCCCUUCCUGUAUUGCUAUUAAGGAGUCAGCAAAAGUCGGUGAUCAAGCUCAAAGGAGGGUGAUGAAAGGUGUUGAUGACCUAGACUUCUUCAUUGGUGAUGAAGCAAUAGAAAAACCUACAUAUGCAACAAAGUGGCCAAUUCGCCAUGGUAUAGUUGAAGAUUGGGAUUUGAUGGAAAGGUUUAUGGAACAAGUGAUCUUUAAAUAUUUAAGGGCAGAACCUGAAGACCAUUAUUUUCUUUUGACUGAACCUCCACUGAAUACUCCAGAAAACAGGGAAUAUACUGCUGAAAUAAUGUUUGAGUCUUUCAAUGUUCCAGGCUUGUACAUUGCUGUACAGGCUGUUCUUGCCUUAGCGGCAUCCUGGACCUCAAGACAAGUAGGAGAACGGACAUUGACUGGUACGGUAAUAGACAGUGGAGAUGGUGUCACUCAUGUCAUUCCUGUGGCUGAAGGGUAUGUGAUCGGCAGCUGUAUUAAACACAUUCCAAUCGCAGGACGAGAUAUAACAUACUUUAUUCAGCAACUGCUGAGAGACCGAGAAGUAGGAAUCCCUCCAGAACAAUCCCUGGAAACUGCUAAGGCAGUAAAGGAGCGCUAUAGUUAUGUCUGCCCAGAUUUAGUAAAGGAAUUUAACAAGUAUGACACAGAUGGGUCAAAGUGGAUUAAGCAGUAUACUGGAAUCAAUGCUAUCUCUAAGAAAGAAUUUUCCAUUGAUGUUGGUUAUGAGAGAUUCCUAGGACCUGAAAUCUUUUUUCAUCCAGAGUUUGCUAAUCCAGACUUUACGCAGCCUAUCUCAGAAGUUGUAGAUGAAGUAAUUCAGAAUUGUCCUAUUGAUGUUAGACGUCCUCUCUACAAGAAUAUUGUCCUCUCUGGAGGUUCAACCAUGUUCAGGGACUUUGGACGUCGUUUGCAAAGAGAUUUGAAAAGAACUGUAGAUGCCAGGCUGAAGUUGAGUGAAGAAUUGAGUGGCGGUAGAUUGAAGCCAAAACCUAUUGAUGUACAAGUCAUUACACACCACAUGCAACGAUAUGCAGUUUGGUUUGGAGGAUCGAUGCUGGCUUCCACACCUGAGUUCUACCAAGUAUGCCAUACCAAAAAGGAUUAUGAAGAAAUUGGACCUAGCAUUUGUCGUCACAAUCCAGUGUUUGGAGUCAUGUCGUAAAAUUGACUUCAUAGUUCUUGGGGUUAGGGAGGUGGAGAAGAGAUAAUCUUUCUGAUUACCUGUUUUGUCUGGAUGGCUGAUUUUGAGGUUUUAAACCUGACUUGAAAUAGUUAAGACCAAACAUGAUUAUACAGGAAUAUUUUAAUAAGUGUAUCAACAUGCACAUGUAGAAGAGAGCCAAAAUGAUUAAGUGUUUUUCUUUAGAUUGAAUAUUUGACUCUUAUGUGUAACAAAAGAAGUGGGUUUUAGUUCUUUCUGUGCCCUGAUAUUUUGUAUAUUAUUGAAUUAUCCAAGAUUUGAUGGGAUUUAUCGGUAUGUAGAUAGCUCUAUAAUGCUUGAAUUGUACACUUCUAAAUGUACAAUGCAAGAGCUUGUUUAUAUUUCAUACUUUUUAUACUUUGAGGAAAAAAAGUCAAAGAAAAACUGUAGUAUUUGAGGAAAAAAGUGACCAAGUAAAGGAUAAAUUUAAAAAAUAACCUCAUGAGACUUGGUGUACACACUCAUGGGAUUCCAGUUAUUACAAAUUGCUCCCCUCUCCUUUUCCCUUCCCUCCCUACCAGUGGUUUUCUUUGCAAGUGCUUUUGGAACUAAGAAGCUGUAUCUUGGAUUAACUGAUGCCUGCUAGUGCUUUCUGAUACUUGCAUUCUGUUUCUUGCUUAAAAGAAAAGUAAAGACAAGACUGUUGGACCAGUGUUGCAGUUCUCUAGUGUCAUUUCUUACUCCCACCCCCAAAAAAACACCCAAA